CACUGCGGUCGCAUUCGACGAAUAAGUGCUCUCAUUCUCAUUCUAAAGGUAUGGCAAUACACAUGCUCAACGCUCUCAGUGCUUGCCAUGAAGAAGCCAAACCUUCGUUCGGAAAUGCCAGCUGGUGACCGUAUAAGGGUGAAGAAGUAUAUCAGCAGCUCCUGUCUGAUCCCCUGCAGUCUGUCAUUCUGCUAGAUUCUACCCACAGUGUUCUGCCUGGCAGAAUGGCAGACUUCUCUCAACAACACUACGGGCCAUGUCUCGGUGCGUAGGCUAGCGAUGCUGUAACAGACAUCUCAAAACAAGCAUUGCCGCAUCUCGAAUUACUAUUCCGGAUUUUGUGCACAAGCAAGAACUUACAAGAUGGUCAGUCAACAUCCCCGAGAUCACCGAUCCAUGAGGUGUCCUCCCAUGGCCCUACAACGGAACUGCGCUUCCUUCCUUUUUCCACCAACAAGCUUGACGCGAAACCUUCUGCUAGAUAUGCAUCGUGAACCUCGAGUGGUCAUAGUUGGUGCCGGCAUCGCCGGACUUACCAUGGCUGUGAACUUGAGAAACAAGUUGCAACACGACAACUUCGUGAUUUAUGAAAAAGCAGGAUCCAUCGGUGGGACGUGGCGAGACAAUACAUACCCUGGGUGUGGGUCCGAUAUUCCCGGGCAUUGGUAUUCCCUUUCAACGGAACCCAACCCAUCCUGGGAGAACUACUACGCCACACAGCCCGAGAUACGUGCGUACUGGGAGGAAAUAUACCAUAAACACGGUCUGGCUUCCCGCACGGUAUUCAACACCCGCGUUAAGCUUGUUGAAUGGGACGAGGAAAACAGCGUGCAUAAUUUGACGCUAGAAGACGUAGUGUCUGGCCAGAUUAUGCAGACACGAGCGGAAGUUGUCAUUCAGGCUGUCGGCCCUUUCACAUCGCCGAUGUUUCCUCAGGAUAUUCCCGGAAGGGAAAAAUUUACGGGACCACUCUGGCAUUCCUUUCACUGGAGGCAUGAUGUAGAUCUGAAAGGCAAGGUGAUCGGUGUCGUCGGCAAUGGCUGUUCUGCAACUCAGUUCAUACCGAUUAUCGCCGCCGAGCCUACUACUCGGAUUAUCAACUUUUGUCGCUCGCCACAGUGGUUCACAAUGAGGGAGAACUACCGCUACCCAGAGUGGCUCAAGUGGGGGUUUGCCCACGUUCCGUUUCUCAUGUACGCAUACAGGAGUUCCAUCAUGAUAAGAUUUGAUCUUCUAUGGAACAUUUUCUUGACGAAUUCAUUCAUUAAUGCAGCGGUCGAGAAGAUUCUAUCAUUGUAUAUGCAACAAACCGCGCCAGCGAAAUUCCACAAUGAGAUGAUACCCACUUAUCCUCCUUGGUGCAAACGCCUGAUUUUUGAUUCUGGCUACCUGUCCGCGUUGCACCAACUCAACGUUGAUCUGAAUUGGAUCGGAAUCCAAGAAAUUGUCGAGGAUGGGGUCGUUCUCAAGACUGGUGACAAAGUACCACUGGACGCAAUUAUUUUUGCUACCGGCUUUUACAUGGUUGAACGAGACAUAGCUUUUCGCGGAAUUGGUGGCCUCACUCUUAAGCAAUACUUCGAAUCGGAAGGUGGACCGACGGGCUAUUACGGAACGGUAUUCCCUGGAUUUCCAAACAUGUUCACAAUCGUAGGGCCCAACGGUUUAUCGGCUCACGCUUCUCUUCUUUUCAUCAUUGAGACUCAGGUUAGCUAUGUUCUCAAGCUGAUCAAGCCGAUCGUCAAUGGUAAGGCGAAAUCACUUGAAGUCACCCAAAAGGCGACAGCCUGUUACAACACAUGGAUCCGAAAACGCAUGGAGAACACGAUAUUUUCGCACUGUUUUUCAUGUCAUCGAGGUGACAGUCGGAAGGGCGCCAGAAAUGUAAUCACGUUCCCUGGUAUGAUGACACUCUACUGGUGGAUCAUGCGAAAGCCACGUUGGGAUGAUUUCAAGGUGGUGGGUGGAGAGCAGUGGUUUUACCAGAGAAGGAAAGUUGCACUGAUGAAAUAUGCACUCGUGGCUUUGACAGUUUCCGGUACCAUUGGCUACAAUUUCUCUUUGUUCUGGAUAUUCGUUGUCGGACUCAAAGAGAGGCUUAUUUCGGGGUAAAGAUUGUGUUACGAGUCAAGCACAAUUUUCUUCAUAAUUCGCGCUCUUGUAUGUA